AUGGAGCCCGUCUUCCGGAAGUUCGAGCUGGAGAAGGUGAAGCUGGACAAGCUACUGGAAGCACUCCAUGAGAAGGCGGCAGUCGCGGAAAACCAUGCCAAGCUCUUGAAGGAAGCCUUUCACAAGGUGCAGGUUGCCCACGAGGAAGGCAACUGCCAGAGGGCGACUGCUGCAGCUGAGGCGAACUUCGAAGACUUGCCUAUGUGCAAGCAUGACCUGGACCAGGCAUCCGAGGACAUGUCUGUGCAUUUCCAGCACGCCCAGCCAAGCUGCAAGCGCGGAGCUGUCUCGCUUGAGGCGUUGCGAGAGCUCUCUACCCCCUGGCCGCUGCUUCUCGCCAGGCCAGAGCUGGCAUGGUCAAUAAAGGCAUUUGAGCGACGUUCUAAAACCCCUGCACUUGAAAGUAGUAUUCGGGAGGAAAUAUCGUUUUCAAAAUGUUGA